AGAAAAUAAAAAUGUCAUCUUUGAACCAAACAAUCACGCCGUUUAGUUCUAUAAGCGGUCCUGCUACGCCCAAAUCGAGCCUUCCUAACUGCCUCAGAUCCUUCUCCGAUCGGACUCCUCAAUAUUCUUCUCCAAUCCUUUCCUGCUCCCAAAAGAUUACUACUUUUUUUUUUGUCUCUUCUGCUUCAGAGCCUGCUGCUCUUCCCCGUUCCCAAAAUCCGAACUUGGCUUAAAAUGAGAUUAUGAACAAAGUCAUGAAGUUCAAACCGGGAGAUGAGGUGGAAAUAUUAAGAAGAAAUGAGGAACCAAAUGGCUCUUGGUUUCCUGCAGUGAUUUCAUCAGUUCUUGUUGACAAGUAUUCUGUAAGAUACAAACUAUUCAUAUCUCCUCGAGGAAAGCCCAUUGUAGAAACAGUAGAUGGUAAAGAUGUCAGGCCCUCCCCACCUUUUGUUCCUUGCAAGCAAGAUUGGAGUAUCGGUGAAAUUGCUGAGGUGCUUGAUACACAUUCUUGGAAGGUUGCAAAGAUUGCUAAGAUUCUGAAGAAUGGAUAUGUUGUCGCCAAAGUCCUUGGCUCUAUCCAGCUUAAAAUGUUUCCUCUAUAUGAUGUAAGGGUUCGACAAGCUUGGCAGACCAACCAUUGGGUCAAUAAGAUCGCAAAUGAGAAGUAUUUCGAUUGUGGUUUGAUCCCUUCAAGCUCCAAACACACAACGAAAGUCAAAGUCGGAGCACACCAAGAACCUUACGUCAUACAGAAGGUUGGGACAAAACACUCGGAACCUUACAAUGCGCAUAAAUUUGCCAGAAAACAGUUUGGUGCCAUGCCUCAUACGACUUUGAAUAGGGACCUCAGCCUCCGCUACAUCUCAACUCCUGAUCAUGAGAUAAGAGCUACAGACAGGAAAAGGAAGCCAAGCUCGGAAGCUGAUGACCCUGACCUGCUUACCAAAGAAACUUUGCCUAGAAAAGUAAAUGCUGUUACUUUCUCUAAAGUUUCAGAUCAUGGAAAUCGCAUUCCUCAGUCCAGUAAAACUAGAAACAUGAACUCUCAAAUACACACUGAUAGGUUGUUCCUAGAUGAGCAUGACAUGAGAUUAUUUAGAAGACCUAUGGGAGUUGCUGAAGAGGCUGAUGAAUGCUCCAUUGCUAGCUGUAGCAGUAACGAUAUAGCAGAAAGUUAUUCUGGAGGUAUGAGAAAACAUUCUACGAAUUCUUCUGGUGAAUCUUCUGCUUUCAUGUCUUUGAGUUCGUAUAAAGGUGAGAGAGAGCAAGAAAACACCUCUAAAGAUAAGUUAGCUGCUAGCAUCCAUAUGUUAGAGCUACAUGCAUAUCGGUCCACUCUGCAAGCUCUAUAUGCGUCGGGUCCUUUAAGUUGGGAGCAAGAGUCACUUCUAACAAAUCUACGGCUCUCUCUCAACAUAACUAAUGAGGAACAUUUGCUUCACCUAAAGCAGCUACUGUCUGUGUAGUGAUAGAGAUUUUAACCUUCCGAAGAUUAGUUUAUGUUGCAUUUCUUGCUGAGAAAGAAUUCUUAGUCCAGGUUGACUCAGCGAUACCCUGACAUCUUCCAUUAGCUUGGCUCUUUUUUCAUGUGUAAUAUGACUAUCACAUUGAUUUAAACAAUGUUCACCUUAUCAUUAAACGAUAUGGUUGUGGUAAUUAGCUUCAACUGCAAAUAAUGUAGUGAGUUGCAAACUAGACUCUUCAGAAAUGAUCAAAUGUUUAUCA